UUUUUUUUUUUUGUUCUUUUUUCUCCUUUCUAUUAAACUCUAAAGAACAAAGAAAGAAUGUUGAUAUAUUUGGCCCUUUUUCUGUUACUAAUUGCAAUAUGUUGGUUUUAUCGAGCCCAUAUUCUUCAAUUUGGUUCAAUCAUUGCAGACAAAACCAACCGUCUUUUAGGAUAUCACCUAUUACCCACCAAUGAAGGCUCCUUUGAGACAGAUAUUGAGGACGGUUUAACAAGUUCUCAAUUUGAUUUAACAACCAAUUUGGAUGAAGAAGACCAAAGAGCCGGUUUAAAGGAUAAGGAAGAGAUACUGAAAAUUAUGAGAAAGCAAAAAGUUUCGUUUGAUCAAGCUCGACUUAUUCGACAGCAAAGACUAUUAAAAAAGAAUAAUAUUGAUCCUGAAACGGGAUUGCCAUUGGAUCCUAAAUUCGUCAGCUUUUCUUGAUGAUAUUUAUUUAUACCAUACCUUAUUUAACCUUGUCAUAGUGUAAUAUACUUUAUAUAUAUUUUACUGAACAUCUAAAAAAAAGAGGGAAAAGCUUUCUAUAAGCUUUGAAUAAGUAAUAAGAGUAGGAAUUGACUUCAGUUAGGCCACAUAAAUCAGUGUCAUAUAAAGAAAAGAAAAAGAGAGAGAGAA